AUGUUCAGGUUCAGCAAGAAAAACGGUACCAGAAUGGAAAGCUCAACGGUACUGCAGGACAACAAAACUGGAUUCAGCAAGGGUUCCAUAGCGGAUUUCUACGAUAAGCUUGAGAAAGAAGAUGGAGGCCGCUCGUUUAACAUCGAAGACGCUGGGCAUGGAGGGCUUUCCCGCGUUGAGAAUGGAAUGUCCGGAAAAGGAGAUCAUCGAGGAUCGCCGAUCUCGUGCUACUCACCGCAGAAUCGACUCCUCUCCUGGCCUCCGCAGCACGUGAACGAAAGCACGAGUUCGUCCGCCCGAAAGGCUCAGAAUCUGGGCCUCAUCUGCGUCGUGUGCGGGGACACGAGCUCGGGAAAACAUUACGGAAUACUGGCGUGCAAUGGCUGCUCUGGAUUCUUUAAGCGAAGCGUGCGAAGAAAGUUGAUCUAUCGAUGCCAGGCCGGAACCGGAAGCUGCACCGUGGACAAAGCGCAUCGAAACCAGUGUCAGGCGUGUCGACUGAAAAAAUGCCUUACGAUGGGAAUGAACAAGGAUGCCAUCAUGCUCCAUCACACCAUCCGAAGCUUGAAGCAGCAGAUGAAGGGAGCUGUUGACACGUUUGCUGUGCAAAAUGAGCGUCAACCACGUAAUACGGCAACAAUCCGACCGGAAGCGCUGCGGGAUAUGGAGCAGGGUCGGGCCCUCCGGGAGGCGGCCGUCGCCGUCGGAGUGUUUGGACCGCCCGUCUCGCUGGCACUGCUUUCGCCGUCCCGCUACGGUCCCAGCAUCCUGCCAACGCCCGCCCUGCCGACCAGUCAAUUCCUUCACCACCACAGCCAGGUGUCCUCGCUGGUGAACAGCCUGCCCCAUCAUCAUCCCCAUCAUCCGCACCAUGCGGCCGCCAUGCACGGGCUCGCGAACGGCCUGUCGAUGAAUCUGAACGGAGUAGGCAUGCCGCACAAUGGCGCUUCCGGCGGGACCGCUUCGAUCGGCGGUGGCGCGGAGCGAGGGGACACGGGAGCCAGCUCGGCGUCGCUGUUGGCCAACAUGGUACAGGGUGGUGGUGGAGGUGGCGGUGAUAGCAACAACAACAAGAACCCGUCGUCCAGCUCGACGGAGAACCUGAACACGACGUCCUCGUCGAACCAUUCAAUGGCGGGCGAUCAGUCGCCGAGCGGGGGAGGAUCACCGACGCACGGGAUUGGAGGCGCGGUGAACGGACUCGGGGUGGGGGGCGGCGGCUGUCCGACGGGUGGCUCGAGCGGGGAGGCGGACAAACAACAGCACCAUCACAACAACAACAGCUCGUCGUCGUGUGGAUCCGCCAGUCCCAUCCUCGAGCAGGACAACAUGAACGAUAACGACGAUGAUUCCAUCGAUGUCACGAACGACGAGGACGCAGAUCAGGCGCAAAACAAUAACAACAUUCCUAGUCUGAUGAACCAUCCUUUUUACGGCCAGGGACCUAUGUUCAAUUUUCAAGAAACAAUCUACGAGACAAGUGCCCGACUACUCUUCAUGGCCGUAAAAUGGGCGAAAAACCUUCCCAGCUUCGCCAGCCUUACGUUUCGAGAUCAGGUUAUCCUUUUGGAGGAAUCAUGGGCCGAACUGUUCCUUCUGAACGCCAUCCAGUGGUGCAUGCCUAUCGAUACGACCGCCUGUACUUUGUUUUCGCUAAACGAACACUGCAAUAGCGUCAACAAUUCCGGCUUCUUCAAACCUGGGCAGCUGGCGCAAGAUCUCCGUAUCCUCAACGAUACCCUUUGCCGGUUCAAAUCGGUGAUGGUUGAUCCGGCGGAGUUUGCCUGCAUGAAGGCCAUCGUGCUGUUCCGUUCCGAGGCGCGUGGUCUUAAGGAUCCGGUUCAGAUUGAAAAUCUCCAAGAUCAAGCACAGGUUAUGUUGUCGCAGCACUCCCGAACGCAAUUUCCCGGCCAGAUUGCCCGAUUCGGACGGCUGCUGCUGAUGCUGCCCCUUCUCCGGGCGGUCAACUCGCAAAAGAUAGAAUCGAUCUACUUCCAGAAAACGAUCGGCAACACACCGAUGGAGAAGGUUCUAUGUGAUAUGUACAAAAACUAG